AUGAACAUUAAAAAACCAAGCCCAUGCUAUUUAAAAUGCAACGAGUUCUACAAAAUCACCUAGGCAUCAGAGAGAUUAUUCUGCAAGAAGGGAUGCGAUGCUGAUGAAGAUACCUUAGAGCUAUGCAAGAUGGAGAAGUGCACUGAACUCUGCAUUAAGAAGGAGCUAGGAGAGGAUGACAAUAAAAAGGGCUCCUGGACUAUGCUAUUCUCAAGAGCACCAGUAAAUUCAGAUAACUGCAUCGAGGCCUGCUAUUACGGAUGCCUAAACAGAGUUGAUGAAGAUAAAGACUGA